GACAAAAUCAAAUCAGUUAGUUCUAUACGCUUGCUGUCGAAGCAGCACCUGCGUUCAAUUCGGAGAGUGUCUCUGUUAUUUGAGUUAUUUCACAACAUUCUGUCCGAAAAGUGGAGUGAUUCGAACUGACGAGUCCGUGUGUAAAGACUUAACACACUCACAAACACGUAUGAUUUCUAAAGUUGUGUUGGGACUUGCAUCGUGUGGUAAUGUGUUUAAAGGCUGUGACAACUCCGCAUGGCAUGCCGUCGCAGCCGACAGCAGCAGCUCGAGCAGUCAGGUCACCAUGGUGAAGACGUUUCAGGCCUACUUACCACAAUGCCAUCGCACAUAUUCAUGCAUCCACUGCCGGGCCCAUCUAGCCAAUCACGACGAGCUCAUUUCGAAGUCAUUCCAAGGCAGCCAAGGACGGGCGUAUUUGUUCAACUCGGUGGUAAACGUUGGAUGUGGUCCGGCAGAAGAAAGAGUGCUUUUGACAGGUCUACAUGCCGUGGCUGAUAUCUACUGCGAAUGCUGCAAAACGAUACUCGGCUGGAAAUACGAGCACGCCUUCGAAUCCAGCCAAAAAUACAAGGAGGGUAAAUUCAUCAUCGAACUAGCUCAUAUGAUCAAGGAAAAUGGAUGGGACUGACCAUUCUACGUAUGUUCUGACGCAGGCAGAAGCACUGCCAUCUUGCAUUAUGUUACCGAAGAAGACGUUAAUGAUAGGCUAUUCCUCACAUGCAUAUAAGGGUCUAGUGUACAACACAAACUUCUGUUUUCUCGAUUGGACCUAAGCAAGAUCGCAGUGCGCAGGGUGUUGACAGUGGACAUUAGUGAUGACAUGUGUAGACCCUGAAUUUAUUGAGUUAUUUUCGUUUCGAUUUUUUUCUUCGAAGGUAGUUGAAGUGUUUGGACAUUGUACCAUUGUUAUAAGUAGAGAAUAAGUCUUGUAAAUGUGUCGAUUGAUUGGGGUAUAGUUUCUAGCGUGCCUAACUGACUGAAAAUGAAUCUCACUGCAGGAAAAAAAACACUAAAAAUUAGUACCAACAUUGCGAAAACAUUUAGAGAAAGAGAUGCGGAAUUGUCGUUAAAAAAAAUGACGUUCAGAUGUCAAAACUUUCAAAAAUGUGCUCAAUUAUAUUAUACACGCAUCCAUAUCAUAUUUUAUUGAUAAAAUGAUAUAUUAAUGUGAAUGUUAAAACGAUUAUGAGAAUAUUUUUAAUAUUCCUGAUGCAUGUCACUAGCAGUGUUGUUAGUAGAAUAUCGCAUGAAGCUUUUAAAAAAAAAGGUUCUGCCAUUUUUCAGACAUCUGAGUUGAAAAAAUUGAAUAAUCAAGAAUUUAAAUAUUUUUGGGUUUCUAUUUAUUGUUCAUAUUAUCGACAUUUUUUCAAUACCACAGUCGUUAUAUGUGCUGCACCAAUUCCUUUUUUGCUUGAUUUUUCUUGACCAGCGUGAUAAAUAUGAUUCUGCGGUUCAGAAGGUUUGUUUUUAGAGUCAGCUGGAUUCGCUAUUAUAGGACCAAAAUGAUUAUCCCAAAAAUUUCUCGGGUGAAGAAUAAAUAUCGUCAAUUCUGAGAGGUACAGACGUCUUGAUGUUUAGUGCUUUCUUUCGAUUAGACGCUCGGCUUCCCAAAAAUAGCUCCUUGUCAAUUUUCUCCAAUGUUGAAUCGAUAUUAAAAUUGUAAAUGAAAGAGGAAUUUUAAAAAAAAUUUCAUUUGAAGAAUUCAACAGAACAAAAAUUGUAAAAUCAAAAUCUUUAGAUGAUAAAUUUUAUAUUCAUUUGAACCAUUGAAAUUAAAAAAAGCGGGUACUUUAGACAAUCAAAUAUAAUCAACUCUAUUUUAAGUACACAUUGACAAAAAUUGAAUAAAGUAUUAUUCGAAAAAUGACAUAAAAUUUCAAUAUUUCGUUCUCAUUUUCUAACAUUCGGUGAUGAUAUUGGAUCAAAUUUGGCAAAUACCUCCUCAACCUAAUCUUGGAUAAUCUCGACCCUUGCAAAAGCAUACUGUGGUAGAUAAACUGUGUCUGUGGUAAAGAAUCUGUGGUAAAUGAUUGAAUGCGGUGCAAGAAGAAUGCACUGUGCACUGCUAUAUUGUUCAUAUUUGUAAUAAUUAUUAUUAUACAUGUAGAAUUUUCAUAAUCGUUGGUGGUCUGCAUUUUUAUAACCUCUUUCUCUUGGAAGGAUCACUCAAAUUAGAUGGAAUUAUGUAUAUUUAGAUUCUCUUAUUAUGUAUAACAUAGUUCAUGAAUCAAACAGAAAAUUAUCAACAAAAAUUCAAUACAGUAUUGGCAAAGAUACGUCUUGAUAGGGCAGAUGACCAAUGUGAGGGACAGAGAUGAAAUCCCAACAAAGAAAGUAGGUCAUUUGAGCAAUUCUCCUUUUCUAACAUCGCUUUGAGAGUAGGGAAUACAUGUAGGCCUGUUCGAAAUGCUUCGGUGAAGUUUACCUUAAUUCUGAUUUGAAGAGAAAGGGAGAGAUCAUCUUCUUCUAAUUGAACUGCAUGAGUUUCAUCAAUUCUUUGGGUAUUUCUUUCUCACAUGUAGAUAUUAGGUACAAUACCAAGAUAUCAAUUUGCCAGCACUGUAUAUAAUAUUUCAAGAUUUGACACUGAUGAGAAUAAGUUAUUAGCAAAGAACACGAAUAAAAUAAAACCUACAAACAAUAAUGAAACAAUAAAUGAAAAAUAUUUACAAGAACACAGAUCACAAAAUAAGUGUUGACAUCAAUUGCCAAUUUCUUAAUACUUAGAUAAAAAUCAUCACAUUAUUGGAAUCAUGAAAUAUUUUAUACAUAAAUAAUCGGUGUAUAACAUAUUUAAUUACAACUGCAUACAGUUUAUACUGUAUUAAGCCUUUGAUAUAAGAAUGAAUAAUCGAUUUUUUACCUACAUAACAGGAAUUGUGACAAAAACAAAAUUCAAUUAUUUGUUAUUCCUAACUUUGAAUAUUUGAUAUGUUUAGCUGGGAUAUUGUGUAAGGAACAGACCUCAAAUUUUCAGUUUAUAUUUAUCGAAAUUAUUUUUUAAGGAUAAAAGUAGUGUUAAACAUUUUCGAUGUUGAUCAAUGUUAAAGCUACUUCAAAUAGUGGGAUCACAUAAAUAUUUGAGUGGACGAUGGGAGAAGAAACUGGAAACAGUGUUUAGUGUUGUUGGUCUUAGAUGGUGCUUUUAACUAUAAAUGAUUAUCUAAAUCUACAUAUUUGCAAAUGUAUUCGGUUAAGAAUGAAUAGAGGGAUCAGUGAAGUAUCAUUAACUUCAUCGCAUUGUUAUUUUCGUGUAGCUUAUUUUGAAUGACAGAUUAUAUUAAUCUGAGUCAAAAAUUUUUAGGAGCAAAUAUGAUAAGAGAAUACCAUAAUGCGAUGAAGUUAACUGAAGUGUGUUUUUUAAAUAAUGUUUGUGAUAGUUAUGUGAUAUAAUUUUUUUUCUUGAGUGGCAACAUUUACGGAGCUUUCAACCCACGCUGGACUUUGGAUGGUUGAGUACCAGGAAAAAUUUAUGUUUGAUAGUUCAUUGACUCGAAUGCUUUCAGAUUGAAACACCAAAAAAUUGA